AAUUCCAAACAUUUGCGCCUCGCUCACUAAACCGUCUGACAAGGACGACAUGGCAGCCUUCAUUGAAUUUUUCAUGCAUAUAUUCUGGCCCGAGGCGUUAGAGCGCAUACAUUCCGAUGACUGGUGCAACGAUUUGUCUUAUGAAGGCAUGAAAUCCAUCUUCACCGAUAUAACCGACCGGCUAAGCGGUACACGUCAAUGGUUUUAUCAGAGUUGCCGCGAGUUCGGCUGGUUCGCCACCACCGCCGCCAGAAACAGCAACGAUGAUAGCAGCCACAACAUUCGCCUACAGGUCGCCGGACAAGCAAAGCUACUACGCCGCCAUGAACAGCCGUCCCCACUGGCGCACUCAUUUGGCCGUCAAGUGCCACUCAAUUAUUUUCAACAGCUAUGUCGCGAUGUAUUUGGCCCACUCGCCGCCAAUAGGGCAGCGUAUAGUGGUGACGACAUUUUUACUAGCGUUCAACAAACAAACAGCCAUUUUGGUGGCUUAACUGCUGCCACGACGCUACAACAGCGCGUCAUCUUUACUCACGGCCAACUAGACCCCUGGCGCGCGGUUGGACUGCAGCAGGGUAAAAAUGUUAUUAACAUAGCAGACUACUCUCACACUGCUGAUUUGGAUUCCAUAAACUUCUCCGAUUCGGUGGAAAUGAAUGUUGCCAAACUGAAAGUAGCUGCCUUUUUGCGACGCGCCUUAAAGAAAACGACAACAACAACAGCGAGAGCCAAAAAUUUGUAUUAAUAAAGUUAGUGACAACCGUUAAGAAGAUUCUGGGGACAGUCACAGUUGGGUCACGAUUUGAAUUGAUUUAAUCAUGAAACUAAUUAUAAUUAAGUGCUAUUUUUCUUUGAAAACCUAGAAAAGAAAUAUAGUAUUAAUAUGUAUACUAGGGUGACCCAACUUGAAGAGUCCUAAAAUUUUUUAAUUUUAUGGUUUUUCAUGGCACCGUUUUAAUAGUUUCGUUCUUACUCUUUAUUAAUAUCUUUUCUC